AUGUCCGAAACAAAAAUGCAGUUAGAAGACUGGCUGGAUGACUUGUGUGUUCGCUUUAUUAUCAACUUACCCCGCGAAGAACUUGAGUCGGUGGAACGGAUUUGUUUCCAGGUAGAAGAGGCACAAUGGUUUUACGAGGACUUUAUACGACCGCUCGACCCUGGGCUCCCGUCUCUGUCCCUCAAAGCAUUCGCCCUCCGGAUUUUUCAGCACUGCCCGCUCAUGUCGCAAUGGUCUCACUACCACCACAUCACUGCAUUCUCCGAGUUCCUGGCUUACAAGACUCGAGUACCGGUACGUGGGGCCAUCAUGUUGAAUCAGGACAUGGACGAGGUUGUGCUUGUCAAAGGUUGGAAGAAGGGUGCCAACUGGAGUUUCCCCAGAGGUAAGAUCAAUAAGGAUGAGAAAGACCUCGACUGUGCCAUUCGCGAAGUGUAUGAAGAGACAGGCUUCGACAUUCGCGAAGCAGGAUUGGUCAAGGACGAAAAGGACGUCAAGUUUAUUGAGAUCACCAUGCGGGAACAACACAUGAGGCUCUAUGUUUUCCGAGGAGUCCCGUUUGACGCCCACUUCGAACCACGUACGCGCAAGGAAAUCAGCAAGAUCGAAUGGUAUAAACUUUCGGAACUGCCAACCUUGAAAAAGAACAAGCAGCAAGAUCAAGGUUCUGCAGCCACCAAUGCGAACAAGUUCUACAUGGUAGCCCCUUUUUUGCAUCCGCUCAAGAAAUGGAUCGCUCAGCAGAAGAAAUUAGAGACAAAGACGUUUUCCGAGUCCAAGCAAUUUCUGCCCACUGAGGAGGAAAUGUCGAUGGACGAGACUCCUCGUGUUUUCGGUGGAACCCCAAUUCAACGCUUAGGAGAAUUGCCUGCCUUGAGUGAUCUCCCAGAAGUCACAUCAUCGCAAGAUGUAUCUUCUCAUCUCAAACGCCUUCUGAACAUCAGUGGAGCACCUGCAGUACAGGCUGCUCUGCAGCAUGACGAGCAGCUACAGGCUUCGAAGGACUCUGCUAAAUCGGAUGCUCUUCUCGCCUUAUUGAGAACGAGUACUCAGAACCAAUCUCUUCCGCAAAACCCCCGUCCAGUCGAUGCAGUCCAUUCUCAGCAUGCAUACCCUCCACCUGUCGGUUUCCCUGGUUUUCCUCAGCAGGCUCUUCGUGCCACCGGACCGAACUCGGUUCCUCAACCUCAUAUGCCCUUUCCAUGGCAUCAUGGCCACCCACAUCAUCACAUCCAAUCUCCUGUCAAUCUUCCUUCCAUGGCUCAGGAUGUACACCAACAACAACAGCUUCCUUUUAGACAGCAUUCUUCUCCCAUUCGUACGGAGCAACAACCCCUUGGCUAUCCUGGAGCAUCUCGAGGUCCUAUCCUUGCUCAGUCGCUCCCUCAAAUCCAAAGACAGCCUCCUGCACCAUAUCAGCAAACGGGAGACCCGCAAUUUGCGCAACCUUCUCAGCCGAAUCAUACUCAAGGACUAACAGUACCUCCUGCUAGCAAACUACCGCCGCCAAAACUUACAAGCCAUUCCUUGGCGCUUUUGAAUGUCUUCAAGGACGAGAGGAUCAAAACGCCUCAGCCCUCGAUGGCAAACAUGGUGCCAGGUAUGGUGAAAGAGCCUGUUGCUAGACGAAAGCCUUCGCAGCAUCAGGAUAAUCUACUAGGCUUGCUCAAGGGGGCGUCUCCAUCCCCUGGUCAGCCAGUCGAAUUAUCUGCCCAUCAAGAUAAGGCGCCUCCAAAGCAGAUACUUCAACGGCCGCAAGGCGAUGCCAGUCACAUAAGAAAGCAGCCUGCGGAAGACACAAAGGUUUCUGCAACCGUAUCUGGACCAUUGAAUAUGCCUCAACUUGAUACUGCUAUACUGCGGUCAAACAAGAAAGCAAUGAAUGGGUCAAGGCCUCAGAGCAGAAAAGGACAGCGAACCCAAGAACUUGCCUCACCAAUCACCAUCUUGACCAGACCUCAGGCAGCAAGGAGGGAUUUUUCAGCUCCUGUUGAGCGACCAACCCACAACCAUUCACAAGCUCGUGCCGAGAAAUCUCAUGUCCCUGAACCAGCAAAGCCUUUUCAGCCUCAGAUCCUUCGACGCGGAGAAAAGCCUGGACUCGAAACUUUCUCGACUGAUCAGAAAAAGGACAUGAAUACCGUCGAUCAAUCGAAUGCAGUUCUUCCAGUAAUCCCAGGACGUCAGCAGGCACCGAAUCAAAUCAACUUUGACCGCCGGCCUAGCCAAACUUCUGCCCAGAAAGAGGCAUUGCUGUCACUUUUCGGCAAGCCGGCCACUGCUGUCAAACAGCACCAGGUAAUGCAACUGGAGGUCCCCUAUUCAUCGCUUAAAGCCUCAACGGCAUCUACCCUGGUUAGCCCCUUGUCGCCAUCUCAGGUGCCUAGUCGCCAUGGAAAAAUACGAAAAAUGCGGCCUCGAAGACUAACAAGCUCGGUCUGCGCCCAUUGCAUUGGGGGGAAACGCCCUUUCUCGACACCAUCGCAGCAAAGUCCCCCGUUGAAACAGGAUGAGCUGCCUGCUUCCCCGCCAAAGGCUGGCUUCAGUCGGCUAACAAACCGGGGGUUGAUAUCCAUCACAGGCAUUGAUAGCACAACCUUCCUCCAGGGUCUAGUCACACAGAAUAUGCUCGUUGCAAAUGAUCCGAAUCGAUCAGCGCGACGAACCGGGUGCUAUACCGCUUUCCUCAACUCCCAGGGACGGAUACUCAACGAUGCCUUCCUCUACCCAUUACCCGAGGCCGGUGCCGUGGAAGGGCAAGGGUGGUUGGUUGAAGUGGACAAGAACGAGGUGACCAGUCUCAUGAAACACCUGAAGAAGCAUAAACUGCGCGCCAAACUCAAGCUGCGCGCUCUCGAUGACGGAGAGCGGACCGUGUGGUCGUCUUGGAAAGACUAUACCGAACCCAGAUGGGCAGCAUACAACCUGGAGUCCGAAACCGCUUCGCCCUUCUCGCCUCAUUCUCUCAUAGCAGGUUGUCUUGACACCCGUGCCCCGGGAUUUGGAUCCCGUAUAGUUACCCCCGGACCGGACGACCUGCGAGCUCAUUUCCCGGACGAAACGCAUGUGGCAGGCUCGGAAGUCUCCCUAGGCUCAUAUACCGUGCGUCGUAUGUUUCAUGGUGUGGCCGAGGGUCAGUCGGAGAUCAUUCGCGAGUCUGCGCUGCCACUCGAGUGCAACGUCGAUAUGAUGCGGGGCGUGGAUUUCCGCAAGGGCUGUUACGUCGGGCAGGAGCUUACCAUCCGCACGCACCACACGGGUGUGGUGCGGAAACGUAUUCUGCCUGUUCAACUGUACGGGACAGAUCAGAUGAUCACUACCUCAGAAGACAUAUUGUCGUACGACCCGACGACGGAUCUUGCGCUGCCGCCCAGCGGCUCAAACAUCUCUAAGGUCAGCACCCGUAGAGGUCGCAGUGCCGGGAAAUUCCUAGGGGGGGUGGGGAACAUCGGUCUUGCGCUCUGUCGUCUAGAGAUGAUGACGGAUAUUGUUUUGACGAGCGAGGGCAGCCAAUAUACUCCUGGCCAGGAAUUUAAGAUUACCUGGGAAGGGGAUGAUGCCGCAUCCCAGAAGCCCAGAGAAGUGAAAGUCAAGGCUUAUGUGCCGCAGUGGCUACGAGAGCAUAUCCUCUACGGCGGUGUGAGGAAAGGCCCGUCCAGGACAUCCGAUGUCGAGGGACAAAGGGCACGCGACAUGGUCGAGCAGCUAGGAGAGGAGGAAAUAGCGCAAAGGCGGCUUGAGUAA